AUGGACGGCCACCUGUACGACUUGAAGAUGGCCGAGGCGAGCUCCUCCUGCCUGCUCACCGACCUGAAUGGUGCUCCGCUCUCGCCCGGCCUCUGCGCCCGGGCGCUGGGCCGCGAUGGCGAGGGCGUGGCCUGUGAGAUCGUGCCUGGCACCGAGCUCAGGCAGGCUGGCUCGCACAGUGCGCUCCUGCGCGACGCUGGCGACGCUGCGGCGCCGUCCUCCUCCCUCGUCUUCCUCAAAAAGGUUACUGCGAGCUUUGUCGCGCACAAGCCGUGGAACGACCGGCGGAGGGUGCUUCUCUACAUCCGGAACGAGCAGCGCUUCUACGCGGAGUUUGCGGACGAGCUGCGCGCGCGCAGAGUCGGCAUCCCCGCCGCGAGGCUGCACGUGGCCGCGGGGCUGGACGGCAUCGAGGAGCUCGAGGACGAGCCUCCGGCGGCGAGGCUCGAAGGCGCAGGCGCGAUGCUCUUCAUCGAGCCGCUCGCCGACGGCCGCUUCGAGCAGCUCUCGCCGCUCUCGCCGCGGCAGGCGCGCCACGUCCUCGCCGCCGCCGCCAGGCUGCACGCGGCGGCGUGGGAGGCGAGGGCCGUGCUGCAGCGCGGCGCUAUGCGGCUGCAGCGGCACGGCGGCUCGUUUGCGCUGGCGGCACGCAACCCGAAGGAGCUGCAGGGCCUACCCGCGUCGUGGGAGCGCUUCGUGGCCGCCUUCACGCCCGCGGCGCCACCCGGCUUCUUCGCGAGGCCACAGAUCGCCUCGCUCGGGCGGCGGCUCGCCGCGGCGGCGGUGUGGGUCGCUGCGCGCCUCUCUCCGAGCCCGCUCGACGCGCACGCGACGCUGGUGCACGGGGACCUCAAGGCGAUGAACGUCUUUCUGCCCACCGGCGAGGGAGGGGAGGCCGUCCUGAUCGACUUUGCCUCGACCGGGGUCGGCUUUGGCGUGGCGGACGUGGCGCUCCACCUCGUGCACGCGCUCUCGCCCGCCGACCUCGACGGCGGCGGCGAGGAGGCGCUCCUCGACUCUUACCUCGACGCGCUCGCCGCGGCGCGGGGUGGCGCGGCCGACGCGGCGCCGUACCCGCGCUCGCUCGCGCUGCGCCACUACCAGCUUGCGACAAUCGACUAUGGCCGCUUCAUGGUUGGCCGGUUCUGGGGUAGCGCGUCGCCCGCCAGCUUUGCGGCCAAGGCGGGCAACGAGAACAUCGCCCUGCCGAACCGCGACCUCGGCUCCGCGCUGCGCUUCGUGGAGCGCCUCUCCGCGUGCCUCGCGGCGCUCGAGCCCGAGAUAUCUUGA